AUGGAGCGGCUCCAGACGAAAAGGUUGGUGACGCGAGCCGAAAUUGAACAUCUAAGCGAGGAGAUCCAAGCGGCGGUGUCAAUUGAGGAUUUCAGGCCUCAUCACGAAGAACGCCUCGCAGAAAUAACGGACGAGCUGGAUGUCCUGGCAAGGGAACUCAAGGAGCAAGAUGCGCUCAUCGAGGUCCACGUAAAGAGCGAGAACCUCGCCGAAGAAUACAAGGCCGUCAGGGAGACACAAAGUGUGAUCACCCGAAUGCGGACACGUCUUCGACGCCUAGAGACAAGGACAUCGUCAUCUAUCGAGAGCAGGGUCACCGAGACCACAGAACGAUCGACCACUCAAACCCAGAGCCGAGCUGGACAGCUUAAACUUCCAAAGCUCGAACUCCAACGGUUUGAUGGAGAGAAGUUGAAUUGGCUUCCCUUCUGGGAGCAGUUCCGACAGGCGAUCCACGACAACAUCGAGCUCUCCGGCGUGGAGAAGUUUCUAUACCUGCGGACUGUGCUGACGGGCAAGGCGGCGGCGGCGGUAAGCGGCAUUCAAGCAACGGAGAGCAGCUACGCUUAUGCCGUGGAGCUUCUAAAAGAAAGAUUUGGCAAGAAAGACGUCCUUGUUCAAGAACACCUCACGCAGCUGCUGAACCUGCCAAAAGUGAAGGCGCUGAGUGACGUCGGAGCCCUCCGUCGUUUACAUGAUCACGUUCAUUGCAACAUCGCUUCGCUGAGGACUCUGGGCAUCGACUCUGACAGCUACGGGGCAAUGUUGUGUGCUGCGUUGUUCUGCGUCCUGCCCGCUGACUGGGCCGUGGACUUCUACAAGAGUCAGAGUACUAGUAAUGAAACACCGGAAAGCUCAAAUCUUGAGGCUGUCCUGCGAUCAAUGCGUGUAGAGCUGGAUAGCAGAGAGAAGUUGGUGCCAAACCCUCAAACGACGGGUGCCCUCUUUGUUCCUCCGAAUUACAUGAAGCGCCGCAAUGUAACUCUGCGAUUCCGAUCGAAGAAAAGAAGAGACGGCUAA